AAAGUAUGAGAUUGCGAAUAUACUAGUAUGUGAGAAUGAACUAGCUUUAUGAGACAGUAAGAAACUAAAAACGAGGAUCCUUUUUAUGCCAAGAUGGCAAUGGCACAGAACUCUGAAGGACAUGUACAAAAUGACUUCCUGUAUGACGCAGUACUUUUUUAUGAGAAGGAUGAUCCAGAGAAAUGUAAGGUCGAAGAGAUCAAAAUUAAGAUACUGGAAAGCGAUGAUUGGGAAGUCAACGUCUUCGAUCCACAUCGUAAUGAGGACGGAAACAAGAUGGACGCCUUCCAACAGUCGUUUGAAAAGAGUCGCCACGCCAUCGUGUUUCUGACCAAGACGGUGAUUCGCUACAUGGAGGAGAGAAGAAACGCGGAGGCGACGUUUCGAAUGUCGACCUUCUUGUGUAAGAUUUUGUCGAGUCACGACAAGAAGGUCACGCGGCGGCUGAUUCCGAUCAAGAUGACCAAUGACAGAACUCCGUCUGUCCUGUGUGAUCUGUCUGUACUGGAGCCAGGACAGGUGGGGUUUAGGAGAAAACUCUUCAGGUGUCUCAGUGUGCCCCCAGGACCAAACACCCCUUCAGACCUCCAGUGCAGACAGAAGGUGCAGGAGAUACAGAAGAAAGUGAAGCUGUCAGAUGCUGUGGUACAGAGGCUGGCAAAUAGACUAGACAUCCCAGCUGAUGUCAUGGCUGAUAUCCAACAGGAGUACGGAGGAUGCAAGGCAAGGGCUAUGGAGGUAGUGGACUGUUGGAGAACUCACUAUGGUAAGGAGGCCUCCAUGGACAGGCUGACUGAGGCUCUGCGGAGUAUAGCAGAACAGACUCUGCAGGAGGGAGCUCCGUGGAGCAGAGUAGGAGCGCCUCGGCAGGCAGAACCACGUCGGCAGAGUCCAGUUUUGCAUCAUCUUCCAGUGGAUCCACCCUCGAUGGAACCAGUCCAGCGAGUGGCAUCUUUGGAGGCACAAAUGGGAGACUUGUCCCUCACAGACCAGUCACAGAGGAAGGCUACAGGCAAAGUGGAGGACAAAAAGAAGUCUGCCCGUUCUAAACAGAAAGAACCGGCACAGUAGAACAACUCAUCUGACUGCCAUAGUGUUACCUUCUGUACUACAGAUCUAUAUCUGUAAUAGCCUGUAUAACUGCCCCUCGGCAUAACAUACCAGCUUCUGUAUCUGUAUUUGUAUAGCUGGGGUAACUGCCCUUCAGCAUAACACACCAUAUACAGUAAGGUGUCGGAUGUCAGCAAAAAAAAAAGAAUUGACAAUCAAUUUUAAGUAAUAAAGUAGAGAAAAUAAAUGACGUAUAGGUUUGUACAAAAUAGGUCCUGAGGACUUUUGAGCUGUCUUUUAACUUGUUGUACUAAAUUUUCACUUGUCUGAGACAAGAAUAUAGGCAAAUUGCCAGCCUAUAGAUUUAUACAGUGUACUAGCCUGGGAUGCAGCCAUGCGGUAAGGGUGGUUACAGCUGAAUACAGCUGCCUCAGGCAGCUGGGUUUUAGGCUAUAAGCUGAGACAGCUGUAGGUGGAUGUUUGACAGUAACAUCUAUGGAGAUUUUAAUGUAUAUUUUGAUAGAUAUUUUAUAUGGAUCUUCAACUGGCUAAAAUAUAUACAAGAAAUGUGACAAAUAAUGAGGGCUCAGAAUA